UGACAGUUUUUUCUUGAUAAUUGAUGGUUUUCUGUUUCCCGAUCGUCGGAAAGAAGAUGAUAUAGUGUUUUCGGGUUCUCAAUUUUUAGACCGUGGAUUGUGAUUGAGAUGCCUUUUAUGUCGUAUUGGUGCUUCAAUUUGUUUGGGUUUUUGCUGCCUAAGGCCUUCAGGAUUAGUCGCCAAUCGUCUCACAACAAAAUUGGCUUUAAGAUGCAAAUUCUGUUUUUAUGUAAUUUCGAGUUGAUUCAUUUGAUUAGCUUUUAUCUAUACCAGAAAUGAAAGAGUAGGUUAGUAAUAAUUUUUACCAGUGGCCAAGAGUCGUUUGCUCAUGCAUAUAAUUUCUUUCGUUUUUUCCAUAGCAUACAUUUCAGCUGGAGAUUUUCAUUUUCUCCAUAUGCUGUAGCUCUAUAUACCAUCAUCAUCAUUUUUUUUGUAGGAGAGGAAACUUAAUUGUAAUGGAACCUCGAGGCUCAGUUUUUGUAGAAUAAAGUGAAAAUUAAACUUUAAAAAAGGUUAAAAUGUCAUGUUCUGGUGCUGACAGACCGAAGCUUUUUUCAAAGCCUGGCCUGCAUGUUCCUUCACUUCUAAAAUACUUAGGUGUCUUGUUUGAUGUUUGUAUAGUGGUGCCUGCCAAGUUUUCACUUGAAUAAAACCCACCCGUUGGCAUCCCUAAUGUAUGAACUGCACAGGAGUCCUAUCCACUAUUUUAUAUGUGCAUCACAGGCAUUCCAAUGCGCUUAUAUGCAAAUGUGUGCUAGAUAAUGGCCAUGUCCAUGUUGAUCAGUAGCUAUAGCAUGCAAACCCAAACGUGCAUAAGAGAUGCCAUGCCUAUUGACAUUUCCUUCGUCUUAUGGAUCUCUACUUCAGAAUAGAUAUAAAAUCCUUGAUACAUAGGGAAAGAAAGCGUGGGAAGGUGUUCAUAUUGAAAGACUUCAACAACAUUGCAGUCUUGCAGAUCAAUCUGGGGCAAUGUGGACUAUCUUCAGAUAUUAAGUUAUUCUUCUUGCUGACAACUAGUGAAGUAAUGAAAGAAUGAUGUCCAAUCAGUGGGGUUGUUCUAAAUUAGUCUUGCUGGUCCUUAUUUUAUAUGCAGAUAUUUUCCCUCUCUUUUACUUCUUAUGGUUACCCUCUCUGAACUUUCAAAGAUCUGCAUAAUACUAAAAUUAAAUGUAACUAGUUCGUGUAAAUAACUAGGCAUGGGCUAUACUCUGGAGUAGAGAGAAGAGGUUUAUAAAAUUCUUUAGAGGUCAAAGUUGGGAGCUAACUAUGGCAAGUAAAGGGCGAGUCCCUCCUCCCCACCAUCACCGUCCUCUCCCUGGCCCUGGUGCUGGACAUCCUGAUCCAUAUGCUUCUGCAGUUCGUCCACCUGUUGGUGGUUUUCCUCACUUUGAAAUGCUACCUCCUCAUGAACUAAUGGCACAUAAGCUUUCUGCACAGCAUGUUGAGAUAGCAAAACUUGCAACAGAAAAUCAGAGGCUUGCUGCUACCCAUGGUACUCUGAGACAAGAUCUUGCUACUGCCAAGCAUGAGUUGCAAUUAAUACAUGCACACAUUAAUGAUGUAAAGUCUGAAAAAGAGCAACAGACUAGAGGAAUUACUGAUACAAUAUCAAAGAUGGAGUCUGAACUUAAAGCUGCAGAAUCCAUAAAAAAGGAGUUGCAGCAAACACGGACUGAGGCACAAUCCUUGGUUUCUGGAAGACAGGAACUGGUUUCAAAGAUACAGCAGUUGAAUCACGAGCUUCAUAUGGCUCACUCUGAGGCACAACAAAUCCCUCCUCUAGUUGCUGAACUUGAUGGUAUGAGACAGGAGUACCAGCAUUACAGGGGGACUUAUGACUAUGAGAAGAAGUUAUACAAUGACCACCUUGAAUCACUUCAGGUAAUGGAAAAGAACUACAUCGCAAUGUCGAGAGAAGUGGAGAAGCUCAGGGCUGAGCUGAGUACUUCUACAAAUUAUGACCACCGAACUGGAGGGCCGUAUGGUGGUUCCGCUGGAUAUAUUGGAAAUGUUCCUCCAGGGAACUAUGCUUCUGGUCAUGCCUAUGGUGUACAGCAGCAGGGUCAUGGUUCUCAUCUGGGAGGGGGUGCUGGGCUUGGACCUGCUGUGCCAGCUGGUACUGAGGGUAAUUCUCAGCCUGCUCCCUAUGGUUCGGGUAAUGCUCAAGAUGCGUCCAGAGGCCCUUUUUACCCUGCGUUUAGGGGAACUAGUUAUGAUCCCCAGAGGGUACAAACUGGAGCUAGUUAUGGUGCCCAACUGGGACCUACUGGAACAGGUUAUGGUGCCCAACUGGGACCUACUGGAACAGGCUAUGAUGCCCAGAGGGGAUUGGCUCCAUCUGCACACAAUGCCCCUAGGGUACCGGGAUAUGAAGCUCCGAGAGGUCAUAGAUCCGAAACCCAGGAGGGACAAGGUGCCCCUGCUUAUGAUAUCCAAAGAGGCUCAGGAGAUGAAGCUCAAAGGGGAGCUAAUUACGAGACACAAAAGGGCGCCAUCUAUGAUGCAUCAUCCAGAGGUCCUGCAGUCCAUCAAGGACAGGUUUCCAUGAAUAACCAACCUUACCAGCCAACACCGAAUUCUAGAGCUGGUACUGGAUAUGAGGUGCCAUCGCAUGGUGUAAACCCCGCUCAUAGGUGAACUUUAGGCCAUCCUCAGGGUUUAGUGCCUACAGAACUUGCUGAAAGGUCACCUUGUGGAAUUCAUCUGACCAGUGGAUUCUCAAUUUCUGGAGGAGAGCCACGUAGUAAUUAACACUUGAAGCAGGCAACAUGGAGGUGGUGGAUGCACACACACACACACACACUUGCUUCCAUGAAAAGGUGCGGACUCUUUUUUUGAAGUGUUACUCUGUUCACAAAUCAGGCUAUGGAUCAAUUGGCAUUUGAUUGGAGCGCGUUCAACUGUAGAGGAACUCAUUUACUUUCCGUUCAGUAUGUGAAAUUGGUGAAAAUAGUUUUACCCUUAAUUUCACUUAAAUUGAGUUAUGUUUUAUACUAGUAUGUUGUAUUUGAAUGUUUGCCAUUCAGGUAAAGUCAUGCUUGUUAAGUUUCCA